AUGGUCCGCCUUCCACAACCAUAUCUUAUUCAGCCUUAUAACCAAACAAUGGGAGGUGAGGAUAUAAUAGACAAAAGCGUUGAAAAGUAUCAUAUCUCUAUCAUACCAAAAAAGUGGUGGUGGCCAGUGUUCAUGUAUUGUAUAGAUCUUGCGGUACAACAAAUUUACCGUGCUACAGAGGCAGGUAGGAGGCAACCAUUAGAUUUGUUAGGUGUCAGACGAGCCACUGUGCUGCUUGCCCAAGGAUGUACCCCUGUAGUUAGUCCAGGAAUACCAAGAGGUCGGAUGAGGCCAUUGUCAAAAAGAAUCCCUGAUCCCCGACUUGAUGGAAUAAAUCAUUAUGCAGAGCCAUCAAGAAAAGAGCAUUGCUCAUUAUGUGGACAGAAAAGCGGGACAAAAUGCUCCAAAUGUAAUAUUGGAGUGCAGAGAAGAUGCGUUGAAGUGUUCCACAGUGUUUAG